AUGGGCUUGUUUAAUGGAGACGACGAAAAGUUGAAAGAGCUAUGCGACUCCGGGGUAAAGGAUGAGUUGAACAGGGAGUCGUUGUUCGACGAUGGGCUCAUUCCUCAUGGGUUGAAAGAUAGUGCUUUAGAACUCUAUGACAAAGCCGGAUUGAAAGACAUCUUUGAGUCCGGGUAUGGCAGUUUGUGGGAUACAUUGAAAGAGAUAGGAAACUACAACACCAAUCUUGGCAGUCUUGUGAGCAGACCCCAAGGCAACGAUGUUAUUCAACAAGGUAUUACUGGUCUAUACCAUUAUGGUACACCCAAUAUGAGCCAAUAUAAAGAGUGUGCUGAUGUGGAUGGUCUCUCUGUUUGGGACACCCAAGGUUGGUGGAGAUGCUUGUUUCCUCAAGGGGUCAUAAGGGACAAGUUGAAGGUCGACGACUUAUCAAGCAAAGAACAAGACAGCGUAAUGAGUAAAAUAUUGACCAAAGAAGCUGUGGUCAACGACAAGGAUAACAAGUACGGUGUUUUCUUCCCCGAGUGGUCUCUUUACAUGAAAUGGAGAGUGCAUAUGAACCAUCUCAUCCAGCAAAGGAAAGAGGAAGAGAUCACUAAGAGAAAGAAUAAUGACUUGAAGGAUUGGGCUUAUGGAUUCUAUGACAGCGAUGACAAAACUCCAGAAGAUAUCAUGAUGAAGAAGUCCCUACAGGACUUCGACCACAAGGAUGGUCCUGAGAUCAUAGGCAAGUCAGAGUAUGUUACCAUACAAUCGACUAACGAUGGUAAAGAAGAAGUAAAACAACUAAAGACUUUUUACAACAACGGUACGACAUCGAUAGAGUCGAUUAAGAAGGUUUACCCAAAGGAUGGUGGCAAGCCUAGGAUUGAAAGAACUGUCAGAACUGUGCCAUCUUCAAGGGACAAAGGCAAUGGCUUCUAA